AUGUCUUCUCCCGCCAUGAAGGUCUUCCCCCAGGCCCAGUCCAAGUAUCAGAUCCCGCUGCUCGCCGGCAACAACGCCUACCUGGGUGAUGUCUUCUCUAGCGACAAGACAAACCCCGAGAAGCCUAUUUCCGCCGGCUUCUACCGUCUCAAGGAGGGCGAGCCCCUCACCUACACCUACAAGUACGACGAGAUGAAGAUCAUCCUGGAGGGUGACUACACCAUCUCAGACGAGACCGGCCAGAAGCACGUCGCCACACCGGGAGAUGUCUUCUUCUUCCCCAAGGGUUCAACCAUCACCUUCACCACGCAGAACGGCGGCCUGGCAUUCUACGUCGGCCAGAGGAAGGAGAGCGAUUUCUAA